AUGGAUAAAUUCUGUACCAAUUGUUCGUCUGCUGCCAAAUCCUUUUCUUAUCUUUCUCUGUCUUCAUCUAUCUCUACAUCGUACUCUCUUGAUCUUCUCUUUCUCUCGGACCGUAUCUAUGAAAUUUCCUGGGCUUUCACUCCAUCUCUCUCUCUGUCAAUCUCAACCUGUUCAUUAUCUAUCUAUCUAUCUAUCUAUCUAUCUAUGUUCAUUAUGUCUAUGCCUGUUCAUUAUCUAUCUAUCUAUCUAUGUUCAUUAUGUCUAUGCCUGUUCAUUAUCUCUAUGUCAGUCUGUCUAUCUAUCUAUGUUCAUAAUAUAUGUGUGUGUGUUCAUUAUCUUUCUAUCUAUUUAUGUCUGUUCAUUAUCUAUCUAUCUAUCUAUGUUCAUUAUAUCUAUGUCUGUUUAUUCUCUAUGUUCAUCAUCUAUCUAUCUAUCUAUGUUCAUCAUCUCAAUCUAUCUAUGUCUGUUCAUGGUCUAAUGGUAUAUCUAGGUUUGGUAAUCUCACUGUCUCCAUCUAUCUAUUUGUACAGUCUGUCUCUGUUUCUGUCUCGGUCUCUCUAUACAUAUCUAUCGCAACCAGGUUGUGCCUAUCUAUCUAUCUAUCUAUCUAUCUAUCUAUCUAUCUAUCAUACCAUUUUAUUUCAACACAUCUGGUCUUCAUUUUCUAUCCAUCUAUCUAUCUAUCUCUUCAUUUUUUUACCUCCAUGUCUGUCUAUCUCUCUUCAUUUUCUAUCUAUCUAUCUAUCUAUCUAUCUAUCUAUCUAUUUCUUCAUUUUUUACCUACCUGUCUGUCUGUCUCCAUUUUCUAUCUAUCUAUCUAUCUAUCUAUCUAUCUAUCUAUCUAUCUAUCUUUUAAUUUUCUACCUCCCUGUAUGUCUAUCUCUCUUCAUUUUCUAUCUAUCUAUCUAUCUAUCUUAUUCACAUAUCCCUUCUCCAUGA